AUGAGCACAUGGAUCGAUGAAAGAAAGUCAAGCUCUAGCAGCUGCAGUUCGACACAUAGUGAUAGAAAAGACAGUAUAUCUGUUUGUAUACCUCAAUUACUAACGGAUUCAACAAUAGUACCACAUAUUUUGGUUAUUGACGAUGAUCCAGUGACUCGUAAAACAUUAGCUAAACUUUUAUCAAAUCUUGGAUACAAAAGUAGAACAGCAAGUGGAGGUAAAGAGGCUUUAAAUCUUCUUGUACAAGAUAACGAAGACCCUUUCCAUUGCUUGUUAGUAGAUGUUCUUAUGCCGGAGAUGGACGGUUUUGGAUUUCUUAGAGUUUUAAAACAAGCCAUCAACAGAGAAAUUCCUUGUAUUAUGAUGAGUGGAAGUGAAGACCCUGAAACAGUCUCAAAAUCAUUUCAAUGCGGAGCCGAAGAUUUCCUUCCAAAACCUAUCAAG